AUGAAUGAGAAAAAGAAAUCUGUGUUUUUUGACAAAAGGGACGAAAAUUACAUUCAUUUAACUUCGCCAAUUUACUUUUUAGAGAUGUUUACAAAAAAGAAAAUAAAGUGUGAUGUUAUUAUACCUCAGACUAUUAUUUUUUCAAAAGGUACAGCGACAUUAUGGUUAUUCAAUUCAAAGACAUCUCCUACUCCACUUAUAUUAAAAAAGAACUCAAAUAAAUUGAAUUUUGUAGAAAUUUGUAGAGUCUUAUGCAGAGUAAAACAAAAUGAAGAUUUUCGAAUUGAUACCUUAACUACUCUAUUAGACAUUAUCAAGGCUGGCAAGAAUGAAAUAAGUGCGUUUGCGAGAAUAAGUAAAUCAAAAAAAUCAAUUACAAAAGUUGAUUUGGUGAAAAUGUUUUUAGAUGGAAAUGUUAGUGGUUUAUAAAUAUUGCAGGAGCAUUUAGAGAAUUAUUCAAAAGCAGGUAUUAAAAAUCUUAUACGUUAGAUGAAUUAUUUUACGUCGAAUACAGACAAGAUGUUAUUAAUUUGCCUGUCAGUUAUAGAUUUUUUAAAAAAUCAACCUAGAAAUAAGUAAUAUUGUAGCCUUUACAAAAGAAAUUAUCAUAAUUGCACAUAUAAUAAUAGACAUAGCAUUCCGACAGUUAUGAUGAAAGUAAUAAAAAUGAUUAAGUUGAGUAUGUGGAUUGCAUGUUUAAAUUCUUUGAUAAUUCAAUGAAUUAAACAUUAUCCAAAGUAAUUGAAUAAUUGUAAAUUUUAGAUUGUCAAAAAGAUAGUUGAUUUUUUGGAAAAAGCUUACAAAGUGAGAGUUAAGAAAUUGGUUGCUAAAUUUAUGCAAAAUGAUCAGUAGAUGAUAUAUUUCCUUGGUUUGAAGGAAUUGUUAGUUGAUUUUCAGGAAAAUGCUCCAUAUGAAAUUUAAAGCAUGAAAAAUGAAUUAAAGGACAAUAGUUCUUUUGAAAAUUUCCUAAUCCUAAUAAAAAUGUUUACGAGAUUGAGAGAUAAAAAACCAAUGAAGAUACCUUAAACUAUCUAUGAAGAUGAUAAAGAAAUCAGUCAAAAAUUAUAUAAGAAUCUCAUAGUAUAAAAGUGCGUUGGUGAUUUUUGUGAUUACAUAAUGGAAGAGAAGAAUAGAGGUCCACUUUAAAUACGUAAAAAUAUUGUUACAGAUUACAAGAAAUACUUUGGGAAUAAAAAGAUGAAUGAAGAGAAGUUUACAGUUACUUUACCACAUGAGAUCUCUUUUUAAUUGAUACUUAGAACAAGGGAAUGUUCCCAAGAAGUGAUAGAGGUGCUAAUGAAAAAUAAGAUAUUCACAAGAAACUCAAAGCAUCAUUUUUAAGAGUUUGAUAAAAUUAAUACUGAUGAAGAAUACCCAUUUAAAUUCAACAAAACAGAAGUGUAUAAUCUACCAAAUCUCUAUAAAACUGUUAAAAUAUGUAAAAAUUGUUUCGUUGUCUACUCUUUGGCUAGCAAAUAUUUUGAUCAGAGAUUAUCUAACGAUUUACAAUAAAAACAAUGGAUGAAAAGGGAUUCAUCCUCCUUAGCCUAACAAAAAACAAGUUUAAAUGCAUCGAAUUAGUAAUUAUCAUAAUUAGAGAGGUCUAACAUAAAAAGAAAUGAUUCAAGGAUUAGAUAAGACCAAAAUUAAUCAUUAUAAAAAAUAAAAACUCAAGCCUCUUAAAACAAUGCAGAAAAAGAUUAAAGUGAAAACAGAGUUAGAAAAAUAUAGAGUGCAAAACAAUUCAGAGUGAUACAAUCUGCUCAUUCCUAGGCUCCAAAAACAUUUAAAUUAUUUAUGCCUAGCUAAUAACCUCAAUUGGAAAACACAAAACGAAAUUCUUCAAGUUCUAAAACUAAUAAUAUUGACAUAAACAGAUUAACUAUGGGCUUUCUUAAUUACACUAAGCCUCCAAAACCAAAUAAGAUUUAAUCUGCAAAAUAACAAUCUGGGAGACUUCAAUCUUAAAGAAGUUAAAUGGAAUCUUAACAUUUAAAGAGAUCAGAUAGUUAAUCAGAUUAAUUUUAAAGGAAUAGAAUCAAUAAAAGUUAGAGAUAGUUGAAUUCAAACAGAUAAUCCUUCUUUUAGGGGAAACUAAGAGUGAUCGAAGUCCCAUAAACUCAAUAUAGUUUAUUAGAUGUUUGCCAACUCUAUGAUUUAGAAUACCCCCCUGAAAGUGUUCCAGAUAUAUUUUUGGAGUCAGUAAAUUACUUUUGCUUUGAAUAGUGUGCUAUCCCAUAUUUAAUAUUACAACACUAGGAAGAGGAUUAAGAAUUUAAUAAGGACAAUUAAAGUGGAUUAGAUCUAACAGAGAAAGAGCAUCAAAUAGUGAUAUUUUUGGGAGAUUUCUUUGAUAAUUCCUUUGAAUAUCUAGACAUUAUGUAAUAGAAUAUUAAACCUAACACAACUAUCUUAUUGAUGAAUUUGCCAGGUACAACUAUUAUUUUCAUUGUAGGGUAGUCCUAUACAGUGUUCGAUCCAAACAUAAUUCAAGACAAUUUAGAUAUUUCUUUAUUGUUGGAUUCACUGCUGUUUGAACUAUGUUAGAAGGAUAUCAUUAAAAAUAAUGACAUCUAUAAAUUCAUUGGAUAUGGAUAUGGUGGAUUCUAAGUAUUAAGUUACAGUAAUAAAUUAUACUAAAUUAGUGGCACAUGUACAGAGCAAUCUUCCUAGAAUUGGAGGUCUCUUAAUAAUCAAUGCGUUUUGCGAAAUAGAUGAUAUGUUGACAGAUACAUUGAAGAAAUCAAAGGAAGUAUUCUAAACUUGCCCAAAUGACAUGCCUGAAUUGGGAUUCCACUUCUGGAAUUCCCUCAUUUAGUCUCAUGAAGAAAAGUAAGAUCCACGAUAUAACCCAAUCUCUUUGAAUGGAAGAUUACACAUAAUAAACGGUAUAUUUUUUAAAAUUCAAUUAAGGCUUAAUUAAGUCAUAAAAUGUUUGGAAUUCCUGCGGUUAAGAAAUCCCCAUUAAGCUUUAUCACGGUCUUAAGAAUUGUGUUGUCAAUAUAAAGCAAGCUCAUCUAAUUAAAAAUAGUUCUUCUUCAAGUAACUCUUGUGAAAUGAAUUUAAUUAAUUUUGGGCACAAACUUUAAAAUUUAGAAGAAUUGUUAUUUGAAUUCCUCUGA